AUGUAUCCUUCGUUCCUAUUGGCUGAUUUAUUCUCCUCCUCAAAGACGGCAGACGCUCUCACUCAGAUCUUUGACUUUUAUAAAAGAUUCUAUCACGGUGAUGUGGAGCAGGCGAGGCAGCAGGCUGAGCGCUGCAUCCAGCAGGCGGAGGAGGGAGGCUGGCUCGACUCGGACGGUCGGCCCCUCAGGCUCCGGGGCCGCGUGGCGCUGUGGAGGAUCUACAGCCGGAUGGCGGACUCUCUGCUGGACGCUGAAGACUACGACGAGGCCCUGACGCUGCUGCACAGAGGAUACAGCAUGGCUGCAGCGUCUGAAGACAAACAGGUGGAAGCAGAAGCCGCCUACCGCCUGGGCCUGACCAAUCAGAGAGCAGGACACCACAACACAGCCAAACAGUUCUUCAACAUGUGCAUGCAGAUUUUCGGUACACUGGAGGACGCAGACGGACUGGGGAAGUCCUACACGGCUAUGGCCAAGUCUCUGGAGAGUGAGGAAAACGUAGAUGAGACCGUUCGGUGUUUGGAGAAGUUAGCCGAUAUCUCACUUAAGAGCGGACUGCAGCACAACCUGGUGGACGCCUACCUGAGUCUGGGUAACAUCUACUUUAAUAGGAGUCAGUACUCGAGAGCCUGUGAGUUUUUCCUUCAGGGUUAUGAAGUCGCCCGUGACCUGGGAGACAUUCCUCUGCUGGAGAAAACACAGGAGUUUGUUGCCACUGCUCGCGCUCACUGCCUGAUCAGGAAGUACAGCGCUGACCUGAAGUCGGCCACGCCCACCUCCCUGCGACGACUUCUGGCCUGGAGAAAACCCCGAGCAGCUCAGGAUUUCAGUUCAGACUCUCCGGAUGAUCCUGAGUCUACCAUGUACCCCUGAUACUGAUAAAGACGGCUGUUAUUAUUUAUGAUAGCAGCUCAAACAAACAGGCUGUCGUUCAUUUUUCUCUUUAGAAUCAAAUAUUUACAAUAAAAAAAAAAGUUUUUUGAUGA